GAUUUUUCCUCAUUCAAUAUAAUGUCCUCACCCAAACUCUCUUCUAAAUGAAGUUAUAAACAACAGCUGCCAGUUAAGAUCAGUGUUUGAUGUAUUACAUUGGCAGGAAUCAGUCCCGAUUCGAGAACACACAAUGUUUCACAGAUCUGUUGAUGCGAUCGAAAUACAUCGCAGAGAUUCAGGAGACAUCACAGGCAAUCAAAUCCCGAUCGAAGAAUACCAAAAGAAAGAGGAAAUAGCGAAAAAUCUACGCAAACAGCUGUCGGCGAUUUUGCGUCCAAUAUUUCUCGUCAUGAAACUCACAGGACAAUACUUUGGCACAACGGCAAUGUUUGAGGAAAAUAUGCAAAAAACAUGGUGCGUGUCGCGUCUUUACAGCACUUUUGUCGCUCUUGGCCAGUGGUUGCUUUUUUUAAUUGCUGUGACAAGUCAUUGUUACCUAGGGUUCAAGGAAAUGAAUCAGUUUUUCUUUUUACUAGUUUCCACUGUUUGGUUUCUCCAAUGUGCGAGUGCCACGACUAUUUGCUUAGUUGCCUUUCCAUUUGCUCAAAGUAGAAAGUCAAAAAUGUCCAUAUUUAUUGCCAGUCUUGUCGAGGCAGCACCCGAACUUAAGCUAGACGGUACAAAGGCCAAGGCAGUCAAGGGCUUGGUACUAGCAUGCUCUGCAGCGACGCUAAAUACAGUCGUCGUUGUUAUGAUGAGCGUUUAUUUCGGAGGUAUCAUAUCUGUGUUUUCACCAUGGGAAAAGUACACCUUUAUUCGAUGGGUCGAACUCAUAUUUGGAAUUUACUGCUCCUUCUCCUGGUGUUUCCCUGUGCUCAUUUUCUGCGUCACUUGUAUGCUUCUAGAAACAAUGUUCACAAGUCUCCAGAACCAAGUUUCUGACAGAUUCAUCCACUCCUUGAGCAUCACGUACUUGCGGAAAGAACAUUUGAAAUUGUGCCACACGGUACAACUGGCUAAUGCCAUUUUCUCACCACUUCUUUUUAUCAUUGUCACAUUGGAUGUGCCAUUAAUUUGCGUCAACUUUCAUCAACUCAUAAAGUCGUCGGCCGAUACCGAUCGUAUUACGAUUGUCGGCUAUUUCUAUUGGACUUUCUGUAUAUCUUCUUUCUUGAUAGUAGUGUUCUUGUUUGGAAAUCGAGUAAACGAAAAGGCUCACAGUUUUUAUGAAACGAUCCAAAAGUCACACGUGUCUAUCGACGACCUUAAAGAACAUGCCGAGCUGACUCUUUUCCUGGCACAUUUGCAAGGGGAUCCAAUCGGUCUCUCCGUUGGAGGUAUCGCAGUGGUCAACAAGUCUCUAUUCCUAACGCUCUUUGGAAUAAUAGCAUCGUACUUUGUCGUCCUGCUUACAUUACCAAGCUAAAAAGAAGAGUCCAGUGUGCCCUGGAGCGCCAUAAUUCCUGGAGAUCCAGUGUAUAAAUAACUAUUAUAACAAGCCUCAAAUUAACGAUAGCAGGGGGGGGGGGGGUGUAGGGGGAGAUAAAUGCAGUCCUCUCCGAAGUUAUUAUAUGUACUUCGCUUUUCCUAAUCCCAAAAAAAUCAUAAUACCUCAUCAGUUGCAUCUAAUUCGGUCGCGUUUGAUCAUUUUUUUCUUGAUCCUAUUCGAUAGCAUUUCACAUUGCAAGCAGUAA